AGAAGCGACAAAAAAGCCGUGAAGCUCUACAAGCGCGCUGUGGAACUCGGGGAUGUGGACGCCACGCUGAAUCUCGGGUACGCCUACGAGAAAGGACUAGCCGUCAAAAUGGACCUGAAGAAGGGGGUUCAGCUGUAUCGAAUGGCCGCGGAUCGGGGCCACGCGAGGGCGCAAUGCAACCUUGCGACUAUGCUUCGCGACGAAAGUUCUGAUGAAUCACAGCGAGAAGCCUUCGAAUACUAUAUGCUCAGUGCAGCCCAGGGCUAUACGGAUGCGAUCUACAUGGUCGGCUGCUGCUACGUACACGGAUCGGGCACGGAAGUCGACCUCCGAGAGGCCUUCGAAUACUUGAAGCUCAGUGCAGCCCAGGGCUUUACGAAUGCGCUCUACCACGUCGGCUUCUGCUACGUACACGGAGCGGGCACGGAAAUCGACCUCGCCGAAGCCAAGCGCUGGUUCGAACGCGCAGCUGCCAAGGGCCAAAAGGAAUCAAUCCACGCGCUAGAAAUCCUCGCGCAGCACAGCAUCGAAAAAAAAGCCGUGAAGCUCUACAAGCGCGCGGCGGAACUCGGGGACGUGAUCGCCAUGCUGAAUCUUGGGUGCUCCUACGAUCAUGGAGGAGGCGUCAAAAUGAACAAGAAGAAGGCGUUGCAGCUGUAUCGUAUGGCCGCGGAUCGGGGCCACGCGAGUGCGCAAUGCAACCUUGGACACAUGCUUCUCGACGGAGGUUCUGAUGAAUCGCAGCGAGAAGCCUUCGAAUACUUGAAGCUCAGUGCAGCCCAGGGCUUUACGCAUGCGAUCUACCAGGUCGGCUUCUGCUACGUAAACGGAGAGGGCACGGAAACCGACCUCGCCGAAGCCAAGCGCUGGUUCGAACGCGCAGCUGCCAAGGGCCACAAGGAUGCAAUCCGCGGGCUAGAAGUUCUUCUCGACGAAGGUUCUGAUGAAUCACAGCGAGAAGCCUUCAAAUACUAUAUGCUCAGUGCAGCCCGGGGCUUUACGGAUGCGAUCUACAUGGUCGGCCAGUGCCACGUAAACGGAGAGGGCACGGAAGUCGACCUCGUCGAAGGCAAACGAUGGUUCGAACGCGCAGCUGCCAAGGGCGACAAGGAUGCGGUCGAAGCGCUAGAAGAAGUGCUAGAAAUGCUAGAAGAGCUCGCGCGGCACGGCACGUAA